AUGAAUUGGCCCCCAAUAGCACAGCACCUCGAGGCGGCCAGAUUCCUCAAAGAGACCAAGAAGACAGGUAUCCCAGUCCAAUGGCCCGCCAUUCUAGGCAGUCCCAACUUCACCGAACCCACUGGAUAUAGCUCACAGCCUCCUGCUCAGUUCCAACUUGGAAGUCCUCAUUUUUAUCCAUGUGAACGGAAGCCAUUCCUGGACAUGUGGAGCCUUAAGAGACGACACUAUGGCUGUACCGACCGCUUCCACUACCGAGGCGACCUUCCUGGCCGAGAUACCAAACGAGACUUGACAAAGGCAUUCACUUCGCAAUGUGACUCUGCAGAUGGAGCAUUGCCGCUGGCUCUUCUCUUGAAGUUUGUAUGUGUAUCCGUACCCAUCCCUGUUUUCGGGGCCUUCAUGUUCACACCGGCACCAUCACUCGUCCGAGCCAAGCCGGGUAGUGGCUAUCAUAUUCCAGACGGCCGCAAAAGACGGGCCCUUCGGUCCACUCCCGUACGCGGUUACCUGCAGUGA